AUGGCUCCCAGUACCACCGGUCCUCAGAUCUUCGACGACGCCCACCGUGCCCCCGCCAGAUCAUCGGUCUUCCGAGCCAUCAUGUCCAAGCCGCAUAAGCGAAACCAGUCGGCGGACGACGCCACGCCUCCCCAGUUGAGGAACAAGGCAUCGGGGACUAUGCCCUUCCCAUGGGCCGGCAAGCCUGCUUCUGGCCCCGCGAAGGCAGGCAAUAAAGAGAAUAAAGGUGCUCUGCAUAAGAAGACCAAAAGUGCUGUUUCUCUGAAGUCGCUGCGCAGUUAUAUGGAGCGGAAGGAUACCAAGUCGGAAGAACCCCAAAUCGAAAAUGCCGACGAAUUGAAGCCCAAGAAGACCAAGUCCACCAAUAGUUUGUCAGCCAUCCUCAAGCGGUCUCAGCGGGGGCGCAAAGCCGGCGGCUCGAAGCAGAGCCGUGAAAAAGAGAACCGGAGUCCCGUUGACCUCGUCGACAACAUGCCAUCCCCAGUUUGGCCCCAAGAGGGCUCCAUCUACCAAGCUCCCAGCACUCGAUCGCGACAGAAUUCAACCGCAGAUAGACAGCGAAGUGUCGCCGAGGAAGUAUCCCUCUAUACGCCGAAGGAGUACAGCCCAGCCCAGCAACGAAACUUUCACGACUACCAUCAACCAUCGCUCACCAGACAGGGGGAAGCAAAGCCCCGUCCCAAGUCGGACUGCCUUGCCGGCAACAGAAAGAUGAAGGACAUUCUGGGAACCAUGCAACGUGCACCAUCUGGUGACGGCAAUGCAAGUAAUCGAUUUGAUAGUGCUUCAUCCAAAGGACAAGGGCUUGACAGGGCUAGAAAGAUGUCCGCCCCCGCGCUGCAUGCCCCCUCAUUGAAGGACCAGCCGAAUUCGAGGAGACUUUCUCGUGUCCAAGCUGCCAUCUCGGCGUUCAACGCAAAGGAUCAUGAUGCUGAUGUGCACAAGCAUCUCAACUCCAUGGAUCUUGAAAGUGAAUUCGAGAAGCUUCUGGAUGCGAGGAACAUCCCCCACAACAUGAGGGAUAAGAUGCGGUCUCUUGAUACCAACAUCAAGGCCGACUUCAUCCAGAAAGAUCGAACGGAGAAUGGCACACCUCUCAGCGCUGGGACCGGUGAUAGUCGCCGUGGACGUGGCAAAGAGUCCAAGGAUUCUCAGGAUCGUAAAGGCUCACGAUCGCGAUCCAGGAGCCGUGGUUUCACAUUUGGCCGGGGCUCUUCGUCUCCAAGCAAGAAAGCCCGGCCAGAGAGUGGGACUUUCCAUCGUCCCAAGUCGGUGGACCUUUCUCAGCCAGUAGGAGUCUAUACCACUCUCAGCGCUGCUGGUUCCACCGCAUCCAUUUCUGAAGCCGCUGCUGUGGACACUGCCGCGGACCCAUCUGACUUUGUGCACUACCUGAGAGAGAUCCAGAAGCCGGAGAUGGUUGAGGUGGGCAAGUUGCACAAGCUGCGUCUUCUGCUGCGGAAUGAGACGGUGAGCUGGGUGGAUGGUUUUAUUGCCGAGGGAGGUAUGGAUGAGAUCGUUCAGCUCAUCUACCGCAUCAUGAAGAUGGAGUGGCGGGAGGACCAUGAGGACACCCUUCUCCACGAGGCAUUGCUCUGCUUGAAAGCUCUUUGUACCACGUCUAUCGCGUUGGCACAUCUCACCAGGAUCGAGGGCGAGCUCUUCCCUGCUUUGCUGAAGAUGCUGUUCGACGAGGAGAAGAAAGGCCCCAGCGAGUUUACCACCCGAGGUAUUAUCAUUAACCUCUUGUUCACCCAGCUGUCCGUGACAUACCCCGACGAGAUGCCGGCCAAGCGUGCUGAGCGAAUUCUCGCCUAUCUGCGAGAUCCCUCUCCAGAAGACGAGAGCCAGCCAGUCUCCUUUAUUGCCAAUAUAUACCAGGCAAGGCCCUACCGAGUCUGGUGCAAGGAGGUUACAAACGUAACCAAAGAGGUGUUUUGGAUCUUCCUGCACCACCUGAAUGUGAUUCCGCUCCCCAAGACAGGUCCUCAGUCGGACGACGCGUUCACGGAAAAACGCCCAGUGAACUCCCGUACCUAUAGCCAGCGGCACUUCCCUCCACCUCGCCCUCCAGUGCCUGCUGCCCCGUACGUUGGCGGCGUUGAGUGGGAUGCAACAAACUAUCUUGCCGCACACCUGGAUCUCAUGAAUGGUCUCAUCGCUUCCUUGCCGACGGUUGAUGACCGCAACAAGCUCCGAUCUGAGUUGCGUGCCUCGGGCUUUGAGAAGGUCAUGGGAGGCAGCCUGCGCACUUGCAAGGAGAAGUUCUACUCCGCGGUCCACGAGUGUCUCCGCACCUGGGUUGCUGCCGCUGUUGAGGAUGGUUGGCCCUACCUUUUGGUGCGCGAAGGACCCCCUCGUGGUGAGUCCGGGUCACCCACCAAGUCCCCCAAGAAGUCUGCGCCAGGUAGCCCGAAGAAGGGCCUCCUUGAUGAGAAGCCACCUCAGCUUAAUCUCGCCCUUGACUUCUCCGACAAUCGCCCUUCUGCUAUCGCUCAAGGCCCGAUGACCCCAUCCAGCGACAUGCCUCGCUGGCUUUGA